AUGGAGAAAAUGCGAUGCCCAGACAGACCACAUCCCAGCAUCAUUCAUCGAAAUACCACACCUUCGCCAAAAUGGCAACGAAAGCCCUCCAAUCUUGGUCGCACACUUUUUCUUAGCAGUUCAAGGGGCAAGUUGGGACACAGAUGUGGUUGCUGGUGCCUGAGGGCAGUCGCCGAGCAACUGUCCAUCGCUUCCCCCUGCAAGAUCAACCUUUUCUUGAGGGUGAUGGGCAGGAGGAGCGAUGGGUUUCAUGACCUUGCAUCUCUGUUCCAUGUCAUUGAUCUCAGCGACUCCAUGGACUUUUCACCGCUGGCCAGUGGUGAGACGAAAGACAGGUUGGAAUGCGACAUGUGCGGUGUGCCAACAGAUGAGUCAAACCUGGUCAUCAAGGCCCUGAACCUGUUUCGUGAGAAGUCUGGCUCCCACCAGUUUUUCAACGUGAAGCUGCACAAGGUGGUGCCACAUGGGGCUGGCUUGGGUGGAGGCAGCGCAAAUGCUGCCACCGCCCUGUGGGCAGCAAACGAGCUGUGCGGCCGGCCGGCCUCAGAGUCUGACCUCCUCAGUUGGUCGGCAGAUAUUGGCUCAGAUAUCUCUGUGUUCUUCUCCAAAGGGGCAGCGUACUGCACAGGGAGGGGCGAGAUUGUGCGGAACGUGCCGCCUCCCCUACCCUUGGACACACCCCUCCUGUUGGUGAAGCCGGCAGUGGGGCUGCCCACUGGGCAGAUAUUCAAGCAGCUGGAUCUGGACAAGAGGAGUUCUGCUGACCCAGAGGCCCUCCUGAACAGAUUGUCCAACGAUGGGAUGAGCCAGGAUGUGUGUGUGAACGACCUGGAGCCCCCAGCAUUCAAGACGCUGCCCGAGCUGGCGGAUCUGAAGGGUCGGCUGCAGCACGAGGGAGGGGGAAAAUUCUCAGCAGUGUUCAUGACCGGCAGCGGAAGCACGAUUGUGUGUGCGGGUUCGGACGAGGUGCCUGAGUUCCUGCAGGAGGAGGCGUAUAGUGACGUUUUUGUGUCGCCGGCUCGGCUGAUCAUGAGGGAAGAGGGCACUUGGUAUUAG